UCUUUCCUAUUCUCUCUCGUCUCCACCUCCGAGUAGAAGAAGAGAGAAAAGAAAAGUUAGAGAGAGAGAGAGAGAGAGAGAGGGAGAGAGAGAGAUGGGGUUCAAACCUAGUAAGAAGGAACCUCUCAACCCACCUCCGCUCGAGUCGAGCCCUAGCGCGAACCCUUCCCUCGGCGCCGUCGCCGGCCCCGUCGAGGAGUCAUCGGCGGCGGCGAUGGAGAUCGAUGAGGAGGAGGAGGACAAGGCGCUCGCCGGGGCGGCGGCGCUGGCUCGCGCGGAGGUGCUGCGCCGCCGCUCGCGGCGGCGGAAGCAGUUGAUUGCGCGGUACAGGCGCCAGUACUGGGCGAUGGUGGAGGAGGUGAGGGUGAAGCACCGGACCUACUAUUGGGUCUACGGGAAGGGCCCCGUCGACGCGGGGAGAGGAGGAGGAGGAGGAGGCGAGGAGGAGAGGGGAAGGGGAGAAGGGGAGAGGAAGCGGUGCGCGUUCGCGGGCGUGCAAGCGAUGGCCAUGCCGUUGACGAGGUUUUGCCACGCCCACAUACUCCGCGAUCCAAACAGACGCUCUACAGCCUUGCAAUUUCAUCAUCAAGAGUAUCGAUUUCUAACUUAUCCUCUGUAUGGGAAUUUCUCAAAGGGGAUCUCCAGUAAUGCACGGACAGGGCAAAUUAUUUGUGGGAAACCUAUCCUAGUAGCUGCAGCACCCUCACUGUGCCAUGUGCACCUUCAGAGGGUUCAAAAGAGCAUAGCGCAAGGUUUAAAAAAGACAGGCCUUAACAUGUCCUCUUCAAGUAAAACCAUUUCAAAAUUUACGGUCUUGAUCGCUGAUUGUGUACGUCAAAUUCAAAGCAAAAGAAGAAAAUCCUUGAAUGCUUCAGUUGACAAAAUUGCCUCUAAAGAUGAAAAACUCAGUUGAGUCAUUUUCACGAAAUUGAACUGUUGAUCUCUGCCGCUGCCGGAACUUCUGACACCCGUGAACAUUAGUUGGGCAGAACAGGAGUCGUGUUGGAAAUUAACUGGACAGAAACCACAAUGGCCAGAGGAGGAGCUGUACUAUUAUGAUUGAUGGCAACCAAUUGUGCAUAUUUAUGGGCUUGUGCGUGAGUACUCUUGGCGAGCAGUCCACUUCAUUGGUGGGCCACAUAUAAUGAUGAACACUGUUGAAGAAUUUCAUGACUUUGAAUCCAUCUCUUCUUUCACAUGUUCAAGUACAUUAUUUCUCUUCGGUAUCUCUUAGGCGCGUCAACUGGUUCGAAAGCUUGCUCGCUGUAACUAAGUAGAAUGCAGUAGAAAUAUCCACGGAUUAGUGGGAUUGUCUGAAGGGGAUCUUGUAUCUAUGAAAUGCUACGAGCUAUGCGUUCUACUACAUCAUUGUGUAUCUUAAUGCAUGAGGUUCGUAAUAGUGCUGCCAUGAUCAGUUAAAAGAAGGAAAUAUCGCUGUGAAUACUCUUCUGUGGUGUAAUGCAAUAGGUGUUCUUAUGAGGAUUUUCGGUCUGUUUUACUUGUGUAAAUAUGUAUUACCAAUGUCUGUAACUUUAAUUCCAUUGGUGGAAGUUUGCUUUGAUUUUGUUGCUCUUCAUGGCAUUUUUAGCUUACGUUCAAGUAGUUUCAACUCAAAGCGCACAAAUUGAGGAUUCAGUAUCUGCAUUGGUUUUUAUAUUAUCGUUUCAGCUGUUCAGGUCGUUUUGUGAUUUAGUUUCUAUUUGAUCUUGUUGU